AUGGCAACUCCGCGCUUUUCUCAUCAAGCUGUCUUAUUAAAAAAUGGUACGGUACUAGUUAUCGGUGGAUCGCACGGUAUCCGUGAUAGUAAGGUUACAGAGAUAUAUAAUCCAUUAACAGAAACUUGGAGCAUAACUGGUAGUAUUAAUAUUGAACGCGAUUCCGCUGCAGCAUCUGUAUUAGCAGACGGUAGAGUGCUAAUUACUGGUGGAUGGAAUGGUACUGCUCCAAUCAAAAGUUCAGAAUUAUAUGAUCCGUUAACAGGAACGUGGACAAUGACCGGUAGUAUGAAUGGUGUGAACUAUUUGCACACAGCAUCUAUAUUAAUCAAUGGUGAAGUAUUAGUUACUGGAGGAUAUAAUGAAACAUCAGUCCUAAAUAGCUCAGAAUUGUAUAAUCCAUUAACAAAAAUAUGGACAACGACUGGUAGCAUUAAUAUUGCACGCUGCCGCCACACAGCAUCCGUAUUAACAAAUGGUAAGGUGUUGGUUGCCGGUGGAUGGGACGGCCAUUCACCUUUAAAUAGUGCAGAAUUGUACGAUCCCUUAACAGGAACAUGGACAAUGACUGGUAGUAUGCGUGAUGCACGAAGUGCGCACAUACUAUGCUUAUUAACAAAUGGUAAAGUGCUAGUUGCUGGUGGAUGGACUGGCGAAUCAGUUCUAGCUAGUGCAGAAUUAUAUGAUCCAUUAACAGAAACGUGGGCAGUGACUGGUAGCAUGAAUUAUGGACGCAAUGCACACACAGGAUCCUUAUUAACGAAUGGUCAAGUACUAGUUACUGGUGGAGCAACUGGUGCAUCAACCUUAGAUAGUGCAGAAUUAUAUGAUCCAUUAACAGGAACAUGGACAACCACUGCUAGUAUGAAUUUUCCACGCUGGUUUCACACAGCAAUCGUAUUAGCAAAUGGUAGAGUAUUAGUUACUGGUGGAGCAAACGAUACGAUUAUCUUAUCUACUUCAGAAUUAUAUUGA